CCCGUGCUGGCCUCCUUCGGCGCCGCUGCCGACGGCGCUAGGACCCAGCGCGGCCCGAGUGAGGCUGGCGGACAGGCGGCCAGACUCCUCCUUAUCUCCAGUGUCAAACUUGACAUCAGCCUGCAGCGGAGCAUGGUAACUUCUCCAGCAAUCAGCGCGCUCCCCCUCACAGCAGUGGCAUGCUUCAUGGAGAUAUGCUCCUCUCACUGCCCUCUGCACCAGCAACAUGGAUUGUCACCUCUCCAUCCUCCUCCUCCUCAGCGGCUCUGUGCUCCGCUGCCUCGGGGCGCUGAUUCUCCAGCCUUCCAAUGAAGUCAAUCUACUGGAUUCAAAGACAGUCCAAGGGGAGCUGGGCUGGAUCUCCUACCCAUCACGUGGGUGGGAAGAGAUCAGUGGUGUUGAUGAACAUUACACACCUAUCAGGACUUACCAGGUGUGCAAUGUCAUGGAUCACAGUCAAAAUAAUUGGCUGAGGACAAACUGGGUCCCCAGGAGCUCAGCUCAGAAGGUCUACGUGGAGCUCAAGUUCACUCUGCGGGACUGCAAUAGCAUUCCACUGGUUUCAGGAACUUGCAAGGAGACUUUCAACCUGUAUUACAUGGAGUCUGAUGAUGAUCAUGGGGUCACAUUCCGAGAGCAUCAGUUUACAAAGAUAGACACCAUUGCAGCUGAUGAAAGUUUCACUCAAAUGGAUCUCGGGGACCGAAUUCUUAAACUCAACACUGAGGUUAGAGAAGUAGGUCCUGUCAACAGAAAGGGAUUUUAUUUGGCUUUUCAAGAUGUUGGUGCUUGUGUUGCCUUGGUGUCUGUGCGAGUAUACUUCAAAAAGUGCCCGUUUACAGUGAAGAAUCUGGCUAUGUUUCCAGACACAGUACCCAUGGAUUCCCAAUCCCUGGUGGAGGUUAGAGGUUCUUGUGUUAACAAUUCUAAGGAGGAAGAUCCUCCCAGGAUGUACUGCAGUACAGAAGGCGAAUGGCUUGUACCCAUUGGCAAGUGCUCCUGCAAUGCUGGGUAUGAAGAAGGAGGUUUUAUGUGCCAAGCUUGUCGCCCAGGUUUCUACAAGGCCUCGGAUGGUAGCAUGAAGUGUGCCAAGUGCCCCCCUCACAGCUCUACUCACGAAGAUGGUUCAGUGAACUGCAGGUGUGAGAAUAAUUACUUCAGAGCAGACAAAGACCCUCCAUCCAUGGCUUGUACCCGACCUCCAUCUGCACCAAGAAAUGUUAUCUCUAAUAUAAAUGAGACCUCGGUUAUCCUGGACUGGAGUUGGCCCCUGGACACAGGAGGCCGGAAAGAUGUCACCUUCAACAUUCUCUGUAAAAAAUGCGGGUGGAAUGUACAACAGUGUGAGCCGUGUGGCCCCCAUGUCCGCUUCCUGCCUCGGCAGUCUGGACUCGCCAACACCACAGUGACAGUGACAGACCUCCUGGCGCACACUAACUACACCUUUGAGAUUGAUGCCGUUAACGGGGUAUCCGAGCUGAGCGCCCCGCCAAGGCAGUUUGCGGCCGUCACUAUCACAACGAACCAGGCCGCUCCAUCACCUGUCAUGACGAUUAAGAAGGAUCGAACAUCCAGAAACAGCAUCUCUUUAUCCUGGCAAGAACCUGAACACCCUAAUGGGAUCAUAUUGGACUACGAGGUCAAAUACUAUGAAAAGCAGGAGCAAGAGACAAGUUAUACCAUUCUGAGGGCAAGAGGCACGAAUGUUACCAUCAGUAGCCUCAAGCCUGACACGACGUAUGUCUUCCAAAUCCGAGCCCGAACAGCAGCUGGAUAUGGGACCAACAGUCGCAAGUUUGAGUUUGAAACUAGCCCAGACUCCUUCUCCAUCACGGGUGCGAGUAGCCAGGUGGUCGUGACUGCUGUCUUGGCGGCAGGAGCAGUCCUCCUCCUUACAGGUGUCGCCUACGUGUUGAUCGGGAGGUUUUGUGGCUACAACAAGUCAAAACAUGGUGCAGAUGAAAAAAGACUUCAUUUUGGAAAUGGACAUUUAAAACUUCCAGGUCUCAGGACUUAUGUUGACCCACACACAUACGAAGACCCAACCCAAGCAGUUCAUGAGUUUGCUAAGGAAUUGGACGCCACCAACAUAUCUAUUGACAAAGUUGUUGGAGCAGGUGAAUUUGGAGAGGUGUGCAGUGGUCGCUUAAAACUUCCUUCAAAAAAAGAGAUUUCAGUGGCCAUUAAGACCCUGAAAGUUGGAUACACAGAAAAGCAGAGGAGAGACUUCCUGGGAGAAGCAAGCAUUAUGGGACAGUUUGACCACCCCAAUAUCAUUCGCCUAGAGGGAGUUGUCACUAAAAGUAAACCGGUUAUGAUUGUCACAGAAUACAUGGAGAAUGGUUCCUUGGACAGUUUCUUGCGUAAACACGAUGCCCAAUUUACGGUCAUCCAGCUAGUGGGGAUGCUUCGAGGGAUAGCGUCUGGCAUGAAGUACCUCUCAGACAUGGGCUAUGUUCACCGAGACCUCGCUGCUCGGAACAUCUUGAUCAACAGUAAUUUGGUGUGUAAGGUUUCUGAUUUUGGACUUUCACGUGUUCUAGAGGAUGACCCAGAAGCUGCUUACACAACAAGAGGAGGGAAGAUCCCAAUCCGGUGGACGUCACCAGAAGCCAUAGCCUACCGCAAAUUCACAUCAGCCAGCGACGUGUGGAGUUACGGGAUUGUUCUCUGGGAGGUGAUGUCCUAUGGAGAGAGACCAUACUGGGAGAUGUCCAAUCAGGAUGUAAUUAAAGCUGUGGAUGAAGGCUACCGCCUGCCGCCUCCCAUGGACUGCCCAGCUGCAUUGUAUCAGCUGAUGCUGGACUGCUGGCAGAAAGAUAGGAACAACAGACCCAAGUUUGAGCAGAUUGUCAGCAUUCUGGACAAGCUUAUCCGGAACCCAGGCAGUCUGAAGAUCAUCACCACUGCGGCAGCAAGGCCAUCAAACCUUCUUCUGGACCAAAGCAACGUCAACAUCUCUACCUUCCAUACAACAGGUGACUGGCUUAACAGUGUCCGGACAGCACAGUGCAAGGAAGUCUUCACAGGCGUGGAGUACAGUUCUUGUGAUACCAUAGCCAAGAUUUCCACAGAUGACAUGAAAAAGGUUGGUGUCACUGUGGUUGGGCCACAAAAGAAGAUCAUCAGUAGCAUUAAAGCUCUUGAAACACAAUCAAAGAAUGGUCCAGUUCCAGUGUAAAGUGCUAUUUCUGGAUGGAAGUGGUGGCUGUGGAAGAUGUAGUGUUACUCUGAAGGUGGAUGAUGAUACUGGAGAUACUGGGGGCAGUUCCAAGCCCAAUGAGACACUCAUAUAUGAGUACAAAUGCCUUAAAAUGGAAUUGAAAAACUCUUUAUUUUCCCCUAUCAUUUAGUGGAUUGGUGGGUGGGUGUAUUUUGUUUUGUAAUUGCUUUUUUAUAUUAGUUGCUGAAUUAAAUUAAAAUUCUUCAGCGCAAAGUGAUGAAGAACUAGCAUAGAGCCAUUGAUCAUAAACUGACUGUCAUAAAGCAAAAUAAGUGAAAUAACAAAAUGAACAUGGUGGCUCUUUUUACUAAUAGCCACU